AUGGUUUGGUCUGGGGGCGCCAGCACCGGGGGCAUGCUGCAGUCGCUUGAGGACGCCUACGUCGACCACCUGGAGUCCGUCCUGCGCGACGCCAACGUGGAUGUGAGCAUCGUCCGGGAGACGCUUGCCGCGCUGGGAUUUGACGAGGGGCGCAUCAGCGACAUUGUGGGCGGCGGCUCCCCCGCGUGCUCGACGAGCCCCUCGUCCGCCGCCUCCACUCCCCGCGGCCGGGCGGCGGCGCAGCGGCGGCGGGCGAGCACGCGGGGGACCCCCACCGAAAGCGAGAGGCCGCACCUCACGCCGCUGCGGGUGGCCCUCGGCGACUCCGAAGGACAGCAGACGCGAAAUGCCGCCCCUCCCGUGUCACCAUCGUCGUCGUCGUCGUCGCCAUCGUCGUCACCAUCGUCGUCGCCGCCGCCGUCGUCGCCAUCGUCAUCGCAGUGUGACAUCGAAAUUCCGCUGGCGCGCCGAGGGCAUUCGUUGUGUCCUGCGCCCGUUGCAUUGAGCCGUAACGCGAAGGCGGCACCGCCUUCGCCUGGAAGGGUUUGGGACGGGCCCAUCUUGUCGCCCGCGCGGCGCGACUCUUACAGGGGGCACUUAGAGGCCGUGGAAAAACUCCUCGGUAUUGCUUGGCGUCCUGUUGCCGGCGAAGAAGGCGACGGCGUGCCCUGGGAGAUUCGUAGCUUCCUCUGCCGUGAGCGGCUGCAGCGAAGUGUGCUGAGCCAAUGCAGGGCGGGCGGGACAGCACUGCCGCCGCGUUGGCGGAAAACCCCGCAGCAGAGGCUUGAGGCGAGAGAUGGGGAGAAAAGGCUGCUUGGGGGCCGUGGGGGCAACACUGGCACAAGGUGCGAUAGGCAUCCGCGCUGCAUCCGUCACAGCGGGAGCCGUUUGGUGGGUAAGACGCUUCCUAAUUUUGUCCCUCGAUGGCAAUGCGAAUUCUGCACAAGCCUAGAGGACACGCCCGCCUUGCCUGCUGGGGUGGGCCAUGUGCGGCAGCCGCAGCUCACAUCCGUCGCGACACGGAAUGCGUGUGGCGUGAAAAUGCGGCCUCAAGUUGUGAAUACCGUGGGCUGCGGGCGGAUCCGCGCAAAGGCGCUCGCAACGACGUUGCCCUACCGCGAGGAUCGCGUAAAAAAGGCUUUGGCGUACCGUGAUGAAUGGAACGCCUGCGGCUAUUUUUAG